CAAUCCAUUGCCAUCCAUAUCUCGUGUGAGCAGCUAUGGGGUUCAUUCACAAGGGUGGGGUUUGGUGUUUCCUCCUGCUCGCACUGGUGUUGCUGGCUCCGGCGACAGUAGGCGCAGAGCAUGAGGAUGGGGCCACAACCAUCGCCACCUUACAGGUGGAGGAGGAGGUUGGCUCUCGCGGCGAUGACCAUGGCAACGACGACUGCGACAUCAAGUGUGCAUAUCAUCAAGAUCAGGCCAGUAGACAGUUCUGCGUGGACCAGUGCCACAGCCAGCAACAUCAUCAUCCUAGCAGAGAGUUCUGCGAGAUGAAAUGUCAACACUGGCAAGAUCUGGUAAGGAAGGAACAAUGUGUGCAACAGUGCAUGAGCUUUGGCCUCACCCUCCAUGUUCGCAACAACGACGACGUCAACGGGCGACGCCAUGCCUGGAAGGAGGAGGUAAUUGGCUCUCGCGGCGAUGACCAUGGCAACGACGACUGCGACAUUAAAUGUGCGUAUCAUCAAGAUCAGGCCAGUAGACAGUUCUGCGUGGACCAGUGCCACAGCCAGCAGCAUCAUCAUCCUAGCAGAGAGUUCUGCGAGAUGAAAUGUCAACACUGGCAAGACCUGGUAAGGAAGGAACAAUGUGUGCAACAGUGCAUGAGCUUUGGCCUCACCCUCCAUGUUGGCAACAACGACGAUGUCGACGGGCGACGCCAUGCCCGGGAGGAGGAGGUUGGCUCUCGCGGCGAUAACCAUGGCAACGACGACUGCGACAUCAAGUGUGCAUAUCAUCAAGAUCAGGUCAGCAGACAGUUCUGCGUGGACCAGUGCCACAGCCAGCAACAUCAUCAUCCUAGCAGAGAAUUCUGCGAGAUGAAAUGUCAACACUGGCAAGACCCGGUAAGGAAGGAACAAUGCGUGCAACAGUGCAUGAGCUUUGGCCUCAACGGCUGGGAAGCAGUGGCCGGAGCCAUCAUCGAGAUGGUGUGACGGCCGCGGCGGCGCAUCUAUAAUACUCUAUUAACUAUUAAGAGUGUAUGUAAGUUAUAGCGCGUACGUGCCACCGGCGGGUAGCAGCUCUAUACGAAGACCUCUGCCUUGGCCGACUAUGGCUCGUGCGUACGUACACGCCCGCGUAUACGUCUAGCUAGCUUUAGCUACAGCUAUGACGACAAAGGCGUGAGAAUAAAAGGCCAAUUAGCGCGCGGUAGCUGCAUGUUUGGCGAUGCCUAUCAUGGAAGAGAGCUGCAUGCAUGUGUGUAUGUGUAUCUGUAUGUCUGUGUAUGUGUUCCGUGCAUUUGUUCCAUCCAGGACGAAAAUCUAUGUAUCUUUCUGGCUACAA